AUGCCGGAAAGCGAGGGUAUUUUGAUUCCGGGAAGCGAGGUUAGUAUUCCGGAGGAUACUCACGACAUCUUUGAGAACACUGGCGACAUUACUUCGAGCCAAUUGACUCAGAGGUCUGUGGUCCCUAACUGUAGGAGUGCAAAUGUGCUGUCAGUGCAGGCUCAGAGGAUUGAGAAGGAGUGUAGCGUGUUAAUCGGGAAGCAUACUCUUCUACAUGAGCCCUUUCCACCUGCAGCAAGACUUUUGGUACUGGUAGUGAGCAUGUGGGCAACUGCUAGUCGCCGAGUGGGAUGUAGAGUAGACCUUGAUGAGGUCGUUAUUAAACAGGUCAGAAGUCUGUACUCCCGUGUCCGUUCCCACUUGAUGCACGAGGUGAAAGGGCGCCUGGUGGACUCUACGAUAUACGGGCUUGGAGAUUUUGUGGGGCCUGAGGCGAGGGCGGCUCAAGUGGAAUACCUUUUGAAGAAUGAUCGUUUCUUGAGCCCCCAACAGCAUUACGAGUUUAAAUACUUUAAUGGGGUAAGAAUGCGAGGGGUUAGUGAUCCCGAAUUUCUAGAGCGGAUAACCCCUAUCCUUAUUUGCCUGAUAUCGACGGCGAUCUGGAACGGCAUUCGGGCGUGGUCACCAGGGAGUUACGUGAAGCCUGAUAAUUUUCAGUCGCAGAAUGAGAGUGUUGUGAAAACAUUCAACAGGCUGAGCAACACUUGGAAGGGGAGAAGUAAACAGAACCAGGAGGCAAUCUUGGAGGUAAUCAAAGAUAACCUUCGAGAAAAAAUACGAGAUAAAAAAGGGGUAACGAUUGAGAUUAUACCGGAGGAGGGUUUUAGCGAGGACGAUGAAGCUCUGGCUGCAGAUCUUGCCACAUUCCGAGAUGCUCGGAGAACAUCCACGAGUGCUCCAGAAGGUCGAGUUGAUUUCGACAGCACCCAGGACGAAGUGAUUAAUGCCCGACUUCGCGGCAUUGACACCGAAGUGGACGGGGAGGAGGAAGAAGAAGAGCUGGAAUUACCUGUAACGGGGUAUUACGAAGGGUGGGGGGAGGAGGAUUUGUAG